UUCUGUUCCACUUCUCAUUUUGUUCACCAACCAAAACUGCUUUUAUUCUGUCAGCUGUUGCACUUCACUCUGAAACUAUGGCCAAGGACAUGACUCUGCUGUGGGGCUCCGGCUCUCCUCCCUGUUGGAGGGUCCAGCUCAUGCUUGAGGAGAAACAGCUGCAGGGCUACAACCAAAAACUGCUCUCCUUUGAGAAAAUGGAGCACAAAUCCCAGGAAGUCCUGGACAUGAACCCCAGAGGUCAGCUUCCUUCUUUCAAAUGUGGGAAACAUAUCCUGAAUGAGUCCUUCGCCGCCUGCUUAUUCCUGGAGAACCAGUACAAGUCUCAAGGAAACAAGCUGAUCCCUGAUUCCCCGGAUGCACAAGCACUGAUGUACCAGCGCAUGUUUGAGGCUGUAACACUCGUCCAGAAAAUGGUGGAUCUUGUUGCCUACAACUUCAGGGUCCCAGAGGGGGAGAGACACGACUCUGCUGUUCAGAGAAACACGGAGGCUCUGACAGCUGAGCUCAAGCUGUGGGAGGGAUACCUGAAAAAAACGGACUGUUGUCUGGCUGGAAAAGAAUUCACACUGGCUGAUGUGCUUGUUUUUCCUUACAUUGCUUAUAUGUUCCAUUAUGGGUUAAGCAGUGAGCGUUACCCUGCACUGGCAAAAUAUUACAACUCUCUGAAGGACAGACCCAGCAUCAAAGCCUCCUGGCCUCCUUACUGGCAGAAAUUCAUUGAACAGGACACGCUGAAAGCCAUUUGAGAUCCAAAUCCUCAUCAGUGCAUACACGACCUGUUUCUGUUGUGACGCGAUAUGUAAACACUCUUUGCACUGCACUACUUUUUGAAAACUACACUUUGCUUCUGCUAUGAAGAGCAAUUUACUACCAUCAUUUAUUUGUGAUUUUAAAUGCAAAAAAUUCCUAUAGUUCUGCAAAAAGAAAAACAAUUUUUAAAAAAAAUUCAAUUUGACUGCUUAAUUAUUUCCAGGUCAUCAUUCACAGAGAAUUCUUUCAGUCCAUUUAUGCAUAAAAAGUGAGCAAAAGAUCUGAACAAGUGAGAGUCAUACCUUUAAAUAAAAUGAGUAAUACUAUGGAUUUAUACUUGUAGAUUGCAGACAGAUAUUUAAACUUAGGCAUCAAAUAUAGCAAGUGGGAUUUGGGUACUCUUUUUACAUUUCAAUAAACAUGAUUACAGCUUUGACUUCCUUCCUUCACUUUUACAUUUUUGACAGUAGAGGUCAGUAAAAGAAAACUACAAAUGGUAACACCACAAUCAGAACAUGUACUGUGGGUUGUUUCAUACCAAGACUUCAAAUAAAAGACUAAAUCACA